AUGGCUUAUUAUUAUCCAGGACCUCAGGCGGCAGCUGCUAUCGUGAGCAUCUUCUACCAAGCUUUGCUUGUCUGUCUGCUUAUUAUUGCAUUUGAGACGCAUGGCCCUAAGAGAUACAUGAUCAGCCUUCACGCUGGAGAUUCCUUCUACGCAUUUCAGGUGGCAUUGGCUGAUGGCCUAUGGCGGAUUGGACACUCGACGGGAUCUCAAGUCACAUACCACAGAGUAGGGGGCGACGAUCAGAGAUACCUCAUAGUGUUUGAGAGUACCAAUGGCUGGACAGCUAGCGCUACAGCUCUACUGGUAUCUCUCUUGGGUCGCAUAAGCAAAUCAUCCAUCCAGUCGUAUGAUGGUGGCUAUGACUAA